CAAGAAUCGAGCGCGAAGAAAUCAAAUUGGUUUACACUAGCUCGUGAAAAAGAUAUUGGAUUUAUUGGAUAUUGGACUGCCAAGGUCCAUAACAACCAGCGCUGAAUUGUAAUUCACUGCAACAUGUGUUAACAGCAGCUAUUGACGGACAGAUAAGAUCUGAAGCCACGACACACAACGUUAAUCAAGAAAUUUAUACCAAGGAAGAACUCAGGGUAUAAGCCACAGGUUUUUAUUUUAAAAAAUUAAAUUACUCGACACUAGUAGAAAAGGGAAAGCUUACUUGAAAAAUAGUCUCAUACACCAUCUUUGAAGUCCAGUUUACUCAGGAAUCGCUCUUCACUCUUCAUCACAUAUAUCCUUGGUCACCCUGCAAAAGAAAGAUGACAGAAUCACGUUGAUAACAUUGUACAUAGUAUUCUUAGUACUGCUACACUGAGUUGAGCAGAUUAUUAACACUGCUUUGUACAGGGGAUCUCAAAAAACAAACCAGAGAAUGGAUAAAUUUCCCUCCUUUGUUUCGUUGUGUUUCCUUUGCCCGUACACAUGGAUUGUCCUUGCUGUUAUUAUAUUGUAUAUUAUCAAGAGAAAUUACUUUGGUCAUUGCGAGUGUACUCUUGAAGAUCGUUUGGAUGGUAAAACGGUUAUUGUUACGGGAUGCAAUACUGGCAUUGGAUUAGAAACAGUCGAUGAGUUGGCUCAUCGUGGAGCCCGGGUUAUUAUGGCCUGCAGAGAUCUGAAGAAAUGCAAAUCCGCCCGACAGGAGCUUCUAACUAGGACUUGUAAUGAAAAGCUAUCUGUAUUCAGUGUUCAUUUAAAACCAGAUCAACUUGUCUGUGAAGAGUUGGAUCUGGAGUCGCCAAGAUCUAUUCGGGAGUUCGCGAAUCGUAUCAUAAAUAGAAAAGAAUCAAUUUCCAUUUUAAUUAAUAAUGCUGGAGCAGAUUUCCCAGAGAAAGUGUACGAUGAGCUUGGCAUUGAAAAACAUACGAAAGUGAAUCAUUUGGGUCACUUUCUGCUUACUAAUUUAUUAAAACCGUGUUUGAAAGCCUCUGAAGGAGAACCUUGUCGUAUAGUUAUCGUGUCAUCUCUGUCACACUGGUUUGCCAAAUUACACCCGAAUAGUGGAUUUCUGUCAGGUGUAGGUUCUGGUUAUGCUAUUAGUAAACUGCUAAAUGUGAUUCACGCACGUGAGAUAUGCAAACGCUGGUCUGGAGAUGGAAUUAUUUCUGUCAGUGUUCAUCCAGGUUUAGUGAGAACGUCCAUUUUUCGUUCAUCUAAUUGGAAGUAUUUUUUAGUCUAUUAUCUGUUUCGAUGGUUGACGAAAACAUGCCGUGAAGGCGCUCAAACCACAAUAUUUUGUGCUCUUGAGAAGAAUCUCAUUCCUGGUGCAUUUUAUUCUGAGUGUCAACCACGUAGGUGUAAUUCUCAAGCACUGGAUGAUGAAAUUUGUGAUCAUGUGUGGAAAACCUCGGAAGCGCUUACCGAAGAAUGGGAAUCAUUUAUUCAGAAGUAGUAUUUGGAGAUAAUUUUUAUUACUACCUGUUGUCUUUAAUGAAUGACAUGUGAAUGCCAUUGGGCUCAAUAUUUUUAAUCGUCGUAUUUAUGCGAAAGAAUAAAACAUUUUCUAGACUCCUUUUAUUUGUUUUUCUCUAACGACUAACAUUUUAUUGUAAUCUUCAUAGAUUAUUGCUUCAUCUUCCAUAGAGGUAGAAAGUUGUACUUAACAAACAAACUUAAAUAACAGCGAGGUAGUGACUGUGAAAAUAUGUUUCCAGUUUUUUUUGAAGAAAUCUACUGGUGUACGACUUUUAAUUUUAAAUAAACGUAAGCGUAUAUAUCGUA